AUGGCCAACUCUUUGAUCUACAGCCCCAAGGCAGCCCGGGGCGUCUUCGACUCGGACAAGCCCCUGCCCAUGACGCCCGAGGAGGUCACCGCCGAGUGGCUCUCGGACGUCUUGGCCGUGGCCGUCAAAGACUUCACCAUGACGAGCGUUAGCCACGGCACCGCGUCCAAGCUGUUCGUAGACCUGGUCUUCGCCGACGGCGUGGAGACGGACAUCCCCAAGAGCGUCUGCGUCAAGGGCGGCUUCAACCCCGUCAUCCGCGAGCACUUCCCGGAGAUGUGGGCCACGUACCGCCGCGAGGCCGAGUUCUACUACCACAUUGCCCCCGUCAUCCACAUGCUGCUGCCGCGGAUCUGGUUCUGCGGCACCGACACCGUCAACGGCCAGGGCGUCGUCAUCAUGUCCAACGUCGCCCACGAGUGCUCCUUCGGCACGCCGCUGGAGCCCUGGACGCCCAGCCGCGUUGGCGAUGCCCUCAAGCAGCUGGCCAGUCUGCACGGCAAGACGUGGAACAGCGAGGAGGCCAAGUUCCCCUGGCUGUUUGGCAAGGACGGCGAGAAGUUGGCCAACCCCGUGCGGAAUAUUGUUCUCGCCCUGUUGAAGCCCGAGCCCUGGGGUGCUCGCUUCGACGAGAAGAUCCGUCCCCCGGUGGCUGAGGUUCUCCUGGACCGAGAGCGUAUCCAGAGAGGCUUUGAGGCUUUAUGGAAGCAUGCUGACUCGGACAUGCGCUUCUACUCACUGAUCCACGGCGACGACCACGUCGGCAACACGCUCAUCGCCAACAACGGCACGCCUGGCUUCAUCGACUGGCAGGGUCUCCAAUACGGUCCAGCUCUUCUUGACCUGGUCUACUUCCUCACCGGCGCGCUGUCCGUCGAGGACCGCCGCAGCAGCGAGGGCGAGCUGGUUGACACGUACCUGGAGGCGCUCCACGCCGAGGGAGGUCCCAAGCUGUCGCGAGAGGACGUGUGGGAUGACUACCGCCGCUACGCCAUGCAGGGCUUCCUGUGGGCGAUGACUCCGCAGGCUAUGCAGCCGGACGAGAUUGUCUUUGCCAUCAGCGAGCGGUACUCGACGGCUAUUGUCGACCACAAGACUCUGGAGCUCCUGGGAGUUUAG